UGCAGGAAACAGGAAGCCAUGUUGCCAAUUGCAAUCUCCUACCCUGACUCUCUUGCUUGCUUCCUAGGAGGAGGAGAAAGACACGAGGGGGAAUGCAAUUACACUGACGGUACCCCAAAUCGGUGCGACGUUCUGCAAUAGGUAUUAGAGGGGGUGGACUAGUGGAGUUGUCUACCCUGCCCCACCCCCGGGACUCGAGUCUGCUCCUGCAUGUUUUACGUAGAGGUUUGCAAACAUUGGGAGCUCGAAGCAGUUCUAUGUGAUCUCCCUUUUCCCCAUACUGUUCUUACACCAAUCCUGUAAGGCAGUAUCUUGCGCAGUAGUUACCUGAACUCUGCCCUGUCUCCACACGGCUUCUCACUUUUGCACCGUUGGUGGGCUCGUGCUGGCGUUUCACUGGUGGGCUGGUACCAAAAUGGCAGCAUCUUCUGUGAUUUGCCCCGAGAUGGUGAGCAGGGUGAGUUCAGUCCUCAAUCGAGAGGCAAAGCAAUUUGGAAAGAAACACAUGUUCGAUGGGAAUGAGGAAACGUGCUGGAACUCUGACCAGGGCUCCAUCCAGUGGCUGACAUUGGAGUUUCCACACACAGUCAAAGUUUCCCAAGUUCAAAUACAGUUCCAGGGUGGAUUUGCAAGUCAGAAAUGCGUGCUGCUUGGGUGCAGCAGAGGUGAAGAACUUUCCCAGAUUGCUGAAGUAUACCCUGAAGAUACAAACUCUCUCCAAAGCUUUUUUCUUACAGAGACACUUUUGGAUAAACUGAAAAUCACCUUUGAAGACAGCACGGAUUUCUUCGGAAGAAUCAUCAUCUACCACCUUGAUGUUCUUGGGGAAAAGCUUUAAUGUAAAAAGGAAGCAAGUUGGGGGCUCCUUUGUUCCCUUCCUUCAGCACAGAACCAAAGCAGUUCCACGCUCAGUUUUAGCGGUGAAAAUUGCUUACCGUGACUCUUCGGUAAAAUACCUCCCUAAGAUGGGCCGUGGUUCUAAGUUUUCUGAAGACUCUCUUUUCUUGUCAUCCUUUAGUCAAGGAUUUUGAAGGAAAGUAGAAUUUUGCUUCUCUUUAAAGCAAAAACAACUUACCAUUAAAAUAACACAACUAAAGCUUUUGUGUAGGAAGAAAGACAUCUUUAGUGGACCAAGCUUGAGAAAAUGGACUGUUCCUUAAUAUAGCAACAUACCAAAAGCCUUCAAAUCAAUAAGUCCAAGAUCCAUUAGGGUUUUUUGCGGGGGGGAAGAUCUGAAGUACAAAAAGAAAUAGAUUUCGUUUUUUUCGGUUGAGAACUGCCCUAUUCCACAUGACCAGCAGUAGAAAACCAGAGCAGGCCAAAGUCUCAAAUUGUGUAUUAGCUUUGGUUAUGAAGGGGGAAAUGAACUUUUCUUCCCCCCACCCCCACCUAACCUAGUACAUGUUAAGAGAGAGGUGAUGCAGGCUUACUAGAUUGGUCAAAAGUCGCAGCAUCCUUGCCUAUACCUAAUAAUCGUGGAGUAAGAUUCUAAUCUGUCACCUAAAGUUUAUUUGGUUGCAAAAAUGGGAAGGCUCAUAUAUGAUACAUUUUCAAAUUUGGUUAGACACAGAGGAGGAAGCAUAAUGCCAAAUAAGCAUCCAACAAGAAAAAUGUGAAACAGAUUUUGUUCAAUCAGCCCCACAAAUAAAUCCACAAAUGGUUUUAUUAGCCCUCUCUCCACCCUUGUCAUCUGGGGCAUGUUAUCCAUCUGAAACAUACAAAGAAAAUUUCUGUAAACUUAUCUUCAAAUUUACAAAUGUUCUCAUUCCUAUGCAGCCAGAGAAGUCACCCCGACUCGCCACAGGCGACCAAGCAAGGUGGCUGUUUGCAAGCCAGAAAGAAAAGUCACAUUUUGCUCUCUUUGUGACUCUUUUUGUGGAUAUGAAAAACAAUAUCUUGCUAUUAGGAAUGCGAUUUUUAAAAAAUACUGCGUAAAUGAAGUUCUUUUAAAUGUGAUCAGGAAAUAUUUCUUUCACACACACACACGCACACACAAAGUCAGUUUGGUUUGCAAUCCUGGAGGACAGAGGACUUAUUUUCUGGCAGUUUGAGGUUUGACUCACUUACAUGAGCAAUCUGGGGACGUCUUUAUUCCCCUUGUCUGCCAUCUGCACGGCAUGGCUUUAAGCAACGGGACAGGAAUGGGCUUACUCAGGAGGAGUACCAUACGUCUUCCUCAUGCUCUGGCCAGAGAGAUGAGGCUAACUUCCACAGGCCCCUGUCAUCUUGACUAGAUGUGCAGUCCAGAGUUCUGGUCCCACUUUCCAACCCCUUCCCAUAUCCAUGAGCAGUUGUGCCAUUUAGUUCUGGCUUUCUUCAUCUUGGCAAAGGCUGAGCCGAGGGGCUUUUCAUUCAGUCUCUUUGUUCUGGAAUAAUUUCAGAAUAUGCUUUUCAAUCACCUGCUGGACUAGAAGCCAAGAAAGGGGGGGAGGGGGAGGGAGAGAGAGCACAGAAUAACGUUACUGAUUUAGUUAUCUAACAAUGCAGCCAUGUUCCAGAAAAAAAAAUACUCAAUUGUUUUCUGUUUUCGACCCAAGCCAAAAUCUUAGGGUAGAAAAAUGUCCCAUAAGAAAAAAAAAUUGUCAUGGUGGAGCACAUUGUGUUUUGCAAUAUUCAAACACCCAUUCAAAAGAAAAAGACACUUCUAUAUGAGGCAGAAAAUAAUUGUAUUAAUAGUAACUUUUUAAAAAAUAAAACUUGCAUUUGUCUAGA